AUGGAUUUAUUGAUCAGGUUAAAUAAUCAAACUGUUGGCCGAGAUAAAAUAAUAAGAUUAUGUCAAUAUGGGAGCCGUGCUGGAUGGUAUUAUACACAAAAUAAAUUGAUGGCUUAUCGUUCAAAUGACAUUUUAAAAAGCCUAGAGUAUACCUUCAGUUCAUUUAGAAAAUUGCUACGACUCGGAAGAUUUUUAGACAGUCUUUAUUCAGCAUUAUCGUCUAUGAAAUAUCCGAAUCUUGUGAUAAGAAUAACACUAACGCUAUCAAAAAUAUCAAAUGCCCUUUAUUUGUUAGCUGAUCACAUUAUCUGGGUUGGAAGAGCUGGAUUAUGUAAAGUAAAUAUUGAAAAAUGGAGCACAAUAGCCAACAAGUACUGGCUAAUGACAAUAAUAAUGAAUUUAACACGUGAUAUCUAUGAAAUACUCCAAAUUAUGGAAGAAUACAAUUUAGGAAGACUGUCAAAAGUUAAUUUAUAUAGUAAAAACUACCGAUACGACAGAUAUCGUGCAUUGUUCUACUUGACUAGCCACAAAGACGUUGUUUUGGAUACUAUUAAAAAUGGCUGUGAUUUAUUUAUACCUUUGACAAAUCUGGGUUACACUAAAUUCACCCCAGGAAUCGUUGGAAUUCUUGGAUUUAUUUCCUCAGCCGUUGGAAUUUAUUGUCUGAUAGAUCCUCUGGCUAAAUUAUCACCGGCAUAG